GACGACGCCGUGAAAUCGUCUUCUUUGGACGCGUCCUGCAUGUUCAAGAUGGCGGAUGAACAUCAAAACUCAAAAAGCAAAAAAGCAAUGACUUGGACAAAUGAACAUAAUGAAAUUCUAGUUCGUGAAAUGUAUUUAUUCCAACCAUGGAACUUCAAAAAAGGAUCACAGCAACGAGGUAAUGCAUGGAAAAUGAUCAGUGAUUCCUUAAAUGAUAUGGAUCACCCAAAGUUUAACGUGACGCAAAAGUCUGUUCGAGAUCACUACACUUUACUUCAAAAACAACAAAAGAAAAGAUUAAGAGAGGAGGAAAAAGCUUCUGGGAUCUCUCCAGAGCCAUCUGCAAAACAAAAACAAAACUCUGUUGCAGAAGUAGAAAAGGCUGUGGAAAUGAGACAACAGUCAAUGGAAACAUUAGCUGAAACUUACAAAAGAAAAUUUCAAAGUAACAAUGGUGAAAAACCUAAGAGAAGAAUGUCAUCCAAUGGAAGUGAAAUCAUUGCCUAUUUACAACAAAAGUCAAGAGUUGAUGCAGAACUUAAAAGAGAAGAAUUGAUGUUGAAAAAAGCUGAAGCUGAUGAAAGAAAACAACAACAAAACAACAUCAUUUCUCAACAUGAAGCUCUCACUAAAGCCUUAACUGACAGCAUUGCUGCUCAGCAAAGGCAACAAGAGCAACUAAUGCAUCAACUGCAACUUCAAAACACUGCUUUACUAACAUUGAUGCAGAAUAUUGUUAAAAAAGACUGAAAUGUUUUAUUAAAACAGUGCAUAUAUUUUUGCUUGAGAGUAGACCAAACUUUUUUCACAUACACA